AUGGGUUUCUGGACACUCUUCGAGGUGGCUUCUAUGCCUAUGCUGCAGGUGCUCAUAAUAACCUCAUUAGGAGCUUUCAUGGCAACCGAUUAUCUCAAUCUUCUUCCCCCACAUGCAAGAAAGUCCCUGAACAAGAUUGUGUUCACGGUGCUCAAUCCCUGUCUCCUUUACUCAAGUCUGAGCCAGACUGUCACGCUAAAAGACAUCAUCUCAUGGUGGUUUAUGCCUCUUAACAUUGGGCUAAUCUUUCUAUUUGGGGGAACACUAGGAUGGAUAGUAGUGAAAAUACUGAAACCAAAGCCGCAUCUGGAAGGCCUGAUCAUUGCCCUAUGUUCAACAGGAAACUUCGGAAACAUUCUCUUGAUACUGGUGCCUGCAAUCUGUAAGGAGAAUGGCAGCCCAUUUGGUGAUCAUAAAGUUUGUGCUACCAUUGGAAUCUCGUAUGCUUCUUUCUCCAUGGCGCUUGGUGCUUUCUACGUAUGGACUUUCACUUUCCAAUUAAUGCGAAGUUCAUCCCUGAAAUACAAACUACUACAAGAAGCUGAAUCGUCCCCAAAGGUACCCAAUGAGGACUUAGAUGCUAAUGGCAAGACUCAUCUUCUCAAGGGAAAUCAAGAGCAUGGUGGUAUUGUUGUUCCAUCAAUUAAAUCCAUUGUAGAGGAUACAGAAAAUCAACUUAUUGUACCCCAAGUGUCUACCCUUGAGCUGGAGAAAGGAAAUGCAUCAUUCUGGAGCAAAAUAUGUGGAGUUCUUCACCAGCUUUUGCACGUGGUGUUGGAACCUCCAUUCCUUGCUGUGGUUGGAGGAUUCAUGGUUGGGGCAAACAAAUGGCUGAAUAAUCUUUUUAUUGGUACCACAGCUCCUCUGAGAGUGCUCCAAGAAUCUAGCAAAUUACUUGGGGAUGGAACAAUACCUUGCAUCACACUUAUAUUAGGAGGCAACCUCUCAGGCAUGAGCAAGGUCAAAUUAAGACCAUUGAUCAUCGUUUCAGUCGUUUGUGUUCGAUACGUGAUACUUCCAGUGAUUGGUAUUGGAGUAGUUAAACAAGCCGCCAAGCUCGGAUUCCUUCCGCCAGACCCUUUGUACCACUUUAUAUUAUAUAUUCAGUAUACACUGCCACCUGCAAUGGCUAUUGGCACCAUGUCACAAUUGUUCGAUGUGGCGCAAGACGAGUGUUCGGUCCUCUUCUUGUGGACUUACCUGGUAGCAUCUCUAGCUAUGACUGUAUGGUCCACAAUCUACAUGUGGAUGUUGUCAUUUUGACAUUCCCGGCCUCACCACAGACCAACCAUACUGAGAGAGCCACGGCAAUGGCAUUCUUUUUCUUUUUUUUUUUUUUCUUUUUUUUUUGGGGCCUCAAAUUGUUCCGAACACAAAGACUCUUCUAUUUUUUUAAUCUGGAAGAGGUUUUAUGGGCUGAGAAAUCUAAGAGAUUACUUGGCUCAAGGUACUGAUACAUGUACCAGUUUUAAAUCACAAUGCCUUCUAAAAGUAGAAAAUACAAAGCCUU